GUUUUCUGAGGCAAAACGUUGAAUUGCUCUAAAAAGAUCUAGUAUCUUGUCUGCAAUCAUUUAUCUUGUUUGGAGCGACAGAUCAACAGAAAACGGACAAGAAAAAUCCAUCAUGAAAAAGGUCUCAAAGAGAAGAGAAGAUAGUUUAAGAAGGAUGUCAGAAAAGACGGACAAUAUUGCAGCAGAAGAAGUGACAGGCAAGCAUCUCUCAAAAGAUUUAGAUGCAGAAGAAAAUCAAAGCAUCAUACAGACACUAAGAGGCAAAGUAAGAGAAAAACUGAGAAAUGCUAAGACAGAAGUCCUAUUGGAUGAAGGGCUUUCAUUUUUCAUUCUGAGUGGCGAAGAAGGCUCCACGUUGGGCCAGUCAUCAGAGCAGAGAUCAGUAAGUGGUAAUUACUCCAAACGCUGUACAGUUGGUAACACAUUGCAAAACAUUACCAAGGGCCAAGAUGAAGAUUCCGUGGAAGAAAUCAUUUUCACAGAUUUAUUUGAAGUGAAAGCUGCUGAAUAUGAAGAUGAGCAAGAAAAACUAACAAAAGAGCAGGCAAAUAUUUUUGUGCCGAGUAGUUCUCCAGUGGCCAACCAGGACAAACUGCCGAAAGGUAUGAUCCCGCGCAUUUUAGAAGACGAAGGAUUCUAUAUUCAGAAAAAGCCAAAAAUAUUUAAAAAGACCUGCAACAAAAUGGAAAAUCGCCUGCUUAAAUUAAGUGAGGGAAAGUAUUGGUUUGAAGAGAGCGGAGAAAUAGUGGCGUUACCGUCACCUAUUAGACAGUCGUGGAAGUUCAGACUAAACAGAAGUAAGGAAUCUUUAAAUCCCGCGCUGAAGACUACAUACAAGAAGGCAAUAAAGUCUGAGAGUGGAAGUUCUUUCAGGAACCAAAUGGAAGGGCAAAGAGAAGUGUACCAGCUAGAUCUCAACAUUAUUGGCUUGCAGUUCAGCCACCAUCCUCUGUUCAAUCAAGAACAAGUGCUGUGUGCCAGGCUGCUGCAGCUUUUCGAAUGUUUCCAGGACAGGCGGCAGCAGAAUUUACCGCAGCUGCUUUACGAGAAGUUGAAAACCCUGCUAGAUGCUACCCAAUCAGUGAAUGAAAACUUUGAAAUAACCCAGCUUAUCAGAAAGUCUUUACAAGAUUAUCACUGGCAGAUAAGUCAUACAAAACAACUAUAUAAUUUAGAGCGGGAAAAGGACCUCUCCCUGCUGCACAGUGUAUUACAGACCUGGAAACAGAUAAAGUCCCUUAGACAACGGCAAGGUUUUACAAGCACUGCAGUAAAGUUGCUCUUUCAGAGGACACAAAUGGAUGAACAAGCUGAAGUGUCCGAAGUGGCUGAGCUGCAAGAGAAAACGGAAGCGAAAGUACUGAAUGGAGAGAAGCACGAGAGCUUCUCAUUUUUAGCUUCUGAACUUGAAGAAACAGAAAUGGAAAGAACAAACCCAACUACCUUGAGGCCCCAACUCUAUUUCACAGCAGAACUCACAAACUUAUCCAAGUGUCCACCGUAUGAGCAAAAGAGGAGAGCCAAAAUUCAGAAGUUGAAAUAUUUUAUUAAGAUAUUCUACAACAACAAGCAGGUUUCUUGCACUUCAGUAUCUUGCCUACAAUUUGAUUUUAAGGUCAUGUUUCAGCAAAUUUUCAAUAUUCGGUUAAUAUAUUGGCCGGAAACAAUUUGCUUGGAGGUAUAUGAAAUAAGUAAAAGGACAAGUUUACUGGCAAAACUAUAUUUACCCUUACCCAACAACACAGAGCUGAAAGGCAAAAAUGUUUUGGAAUAUGUGGAAUUUAGCUCUGAUAAGCUGGUCAAGCCUGCAAAUGGAGAGGCAGGAAGCAAUGUGCCUUUUCUUCUGGAGGGCAAUACAGCUGAAGAACUUUGUCUUUUAACAUCAGGAAAACUUAGCUACUCUCUGUCAUGGGCCUUAGAUGAAAAUGGCAUUCCUCUGGCACCUGUGUCACGGUCAUUAAGAUCUACGAACUGCGGUGUGUUAAGGAAUGUAGAGGUCAGAGGCAUUCCUGGAAUUCCGUGGUUUAUUAAUGCACAGAAGCUUUUCGAAUGGGCAGAUGAAGUCAGAAUUGAUCCAAAUGACCCAGAAUAUUCUGAUUUAAUGGAAUUUAUUAUGUAUAUAAGACAAAAAGGUCAGACUAUCCCACAGUAUUUCCGUCUUGAACAACUACAAGAUGAAUUUAACUUUGUUUCUGAGGAAGAAAUGAAAAAGAGCAAACGUUUUCAGCUUCUGCAACUUAGAAACGCGGGUCAGUUAGAGAGUUUCCUCCUGCAGCAAGUGCCCCUCUAUGAUGGAGAGAUUCCAGAUUUAGUCUUUCAGGAUCAUGAAAGUCAGGUAGAAAUGGAUAUGUCUAUGUCGAAUGUCAAUUCUAUUACUGCACAAAGGAUUAAUGCCAUCAAUUUUCUGGAAAAGGAAAGAAGGUCAAUAAUGAAAAGAAUCAUCAAAAUUAGCAAAUUUAACUUGUCAGACAUUGUGGCUGAUUAUGAAGAAAUUGUAUCUUCAAGCCAGCUGACACACGCAAUUUGUAAGUUUGUUGAACCACGAAGAAAGUUAAAACCUCGGAGGAAAGAAAGGAAAAGAGUCACAGCACAGACUAUUUCUGAUGGAGAUAUUAAAAUUCUUAUAAGAAUAUUGAGGGCCUAUAAUAUUCCUACCAGGAAAACAACAGUCAAUAGAGUCUUGGACAUGCCUGCUUAUUUGAAAUCAUCUAUGCCUUGCUUCAGACAUAAAGCAUCAACCAGAUCAAUAAGCUCAGAUAUCUUAAAUGAGGAUACUGUACACCCUUUCAUAGAAGUUUCUUUUCAACACACUGUGUAUCAUACCAACACAGAAAGUGGAUCUCACCCCUGCUGGAAUGAAGAAAUUAAAGUAGAUUUUACCUCACCAGGACAUGAUUAUAGCUUCUCAAGCUUAUCUAAAAUAAAAGACAGUAUAUAUAUCAACAUUUUUGAUGAAGUGACCAUUGAAAAACAUCAGGAUCACUGUCGGGUUUCUAACUGUGAUGGUGAAGCGUGGUUACAGCGGGGCUGGCUGGCAUGUGCCUGCUUCCCAUACUUGUCAGUGCUCAACCUCAGCUCUAUUAGUGGAACAUUUCAAGUAAAUAUUCCACCAGUUUUGCUUGGCUAUACUUGGAGUAAGACUUACUUAUCUCCUAAAGAAGAUUACAACGGACAGAGCUUAAGAGAAUGUACCUUCAUAAGUAUUUUUGCUACCAUUGAGCCACAGAUAUCAUAUGUUACCUAUCAUUCAAAACUAGACAAGUUUUCAGAUCAAGUAGAUGUUUUGCAGAGAGCACAGAUUUUUAAGAGUAAUUGUAAAACAAUGUUUCCCAACCGAAGAAUCAUAACUACAGUUUUUAAUGAUGAAGGGAUCCAGACCUUAGUAACAAGAUAUAUCAAGGCGCUCAAUCCACCUCAGCAACUUCUAGAUAUAUUCCUUCAUGAUUCUAAUGCAACACUUGACCUAAUUGCUAGAUUUGUGUCUCUGAUUCCUUUCAUGCCUGACACACGGGAUGACAAUGAUGGUUCUGACAUAUGGAUGACGUCAGAGCGUUGCGUCCACCUCGCUGCUGGGAAUAAGGAAGAGCAUGCCGUACUGCUCUGUAACUUCUUCUUGUAUUUUGGAAAGAAGGCACUGGUCCUCCUGGGGACCUCGGCAUUAGAAGGGCAUGCUGCAUAUGUAUUAACUCAAGAAGCUAAUGAAUAUUUGCUUUGGAACCCAUCAACUGGACACUGUCACAGGCAGUUUGAUCCAUUUUGUCCCUUACAAAGUGUAGAUUGUUUGUUUAAUGAUAAGAAUGUCUGGUUUAAUAUUCAACAAAACAACACACCAAUGGCUGUCUAUUUUGACUAUUCAAAGGAAAGUUUCUGGAAACAGUUGCUUCCAAAAAAUUUUCAGGGAACAAAAAUACAAAGCAUACAGCCGGAAGAAAUCAUUUAUUCUGAUACGAAUAAAACUAUGGUAGAAGAUCUAAAGAACAGGAUUGAAAGAACACUCAAAUGGAAAAUAAUGGAGUGGAGACCGAAGCGCCCGACACGCUGGAGUCGACAGUGCGCUUCCAUUUUGCGACAAAUCCUUCCUAAGCUAGAAUUUGGCACAGAGAGUCUUGUUUCAUCUGAAGAAGAGAGUGAACUUGAAAAGCUGCUGCAAUUUUACUGGGUCACAGGAUUUCCCAUCCAGAUGCCAUACACGGAUGUGCAGUCCAUUAUUGAUGCUGUUUAUCAAACUGGAAUUCACUCUUCUGAGUGUCCUGAGACAGAAUUUGCUUUAGCAGUGUAUAUUCACCCGUACCCGAACAACAUAUUAUCCGUGUGGGUCUACUUGGUAUCCCUAGUCCAACAGCACUGAAAAGAAAAAGGGAAAAGCGAGAGACGAUACCAUGUCCCCUUGACAGGAAGCCAUCACCAUUUUUCUGUUAACAGGAUUUUGCUGCUUGUC